CUUAGCGUCGGAUCGGAACGAAACUUACAUUUUCUACUUUUACUUUUCAAAAAGGUUCGGGUUUGAAUUCUAGUACCUUAUUUAUUAGUGUUACGGUGCGCUAUUGUGUGACUUACGAAAGCAACUUUAAACUAAACAUUUAAAGAAAAAGUAUUUUCAUCUUAUUUGAAAAGUUAUUGUUUCGCAGACGUACAAGAAAUUGCUUUCGACAGUUGUGCAGCUGUCCUCUCAAAAAGUGCUCCCAGAAUCCAGACCAGACUACUUUCGCUUUUGAUUUUCGUUCGUCGUUCCAGGAAGGUCAUAAACGGCUUCAAAAUUAAUUACUCAAAGUACCAUCACAACGCUAUGUCCUUAUCGGCCAUAGCAAAGCCGAUACUCUACUCCUACUGGCGGAGUUCUUGUUCAUGGCGAGUGCGUAUCGCAUUGAACUUGAAGGAGAUACCCUAUGAUAUAAAGCCAAUAAGUCUCAUCAAAUCUGGUGGCGAACAGCACUGCAAUGAGUACCGUGAAGUCAAUCCCAUGGAACAAGUUCCUGCUCUUCAAAUUGAUGGACACACCCUGAUUGAAUCAAUUGCGGUGAUGCACUAUCUCGAAGAGACAAGACCCCAGCGACCUCUUCUACCACAAGAUGUCCACAAAAGGGCUAAGGUUCGUGAGAUAUGUGAGAUUAUUGCAUCUGGUAUACAGCCCCUGCAAAACCUUAUCGUUCUCAUACACGUUGGCGAAGAAAAGAAGAAGGAAUGGGCUCAGCACUGGAUUACGAGGGGCUUCAGAGCCGUUGAGAAAGUACUAUCAACUUCAGCUGGAAAAUUCUGUGUUGGUGACGAGAUUUCCAUGGCCGAUUGCUGCCUAGUUCCUCAAGUCUUCAAUGCUAGACGAUUUCAUGUUGACCUUCGCCCAUAUCCCAUUAUUUUGCGCAUCGAUAGGGAAUUAGAGAGCAACCCAGCUUUCCGGGCAGCUCAUCCAUCCAAUCAGCCAGAUUGUCCCCCAGAAUUGCCAAACAAAUAAAAUAAUAACAAAUGACUCAAAUAAAUUGAUUGUGCUUUUUUAUGAAAUUUAAUUGCACUUAAAACUACAAAACAUACUAAUUUUAAAAUAUCAAGCUUAAAACAACGUUUGUUUACCUUUUUUAUAAAAAAACAACAACCUUUCGGAAAAACUUAAAAGAUUUCAAAAAUCAUAAAUAUCUGUGGUCACAAAUUUAUAAAAAAAAAAAUAUAAAAAUGUAAUAAUGUGUAAGAAUUUUAAACUUAUUAAAUAGGUACCUAUAAUCUUAAUUAAUAAAAACAAAACACAAAACAAAAGAACGCAAUUCAGGGAUUAUUCUACAAAUUAUAACAAAACACACAAACAAAUGUUUAUGAAAACUAUUUACCUGUUCAAAACAAAUCAAAAUACAAAUAAAUUUAACAAGAUAAUCUCAGUCAUUAAUUAUUAAUAAUAAAUAUGAAAAAAUACAAUACUGAAAUAAUAGAAGUUUCAAUUAAUUAUUUUUUCAAAUUUAAUGGGAAGCUAAAAUGCAACUUAAACAAAUACUUGUCAAAAAUAAUUUGCUUAAGGUUGAAAAAUAAAUUUUUGGUGGAGUAUUUUUAAUUAUUUUUGGGGUGUUUUUAAACGUCUUUAUAGUUUUCUUUGAAAAUAUUACAUGUAAAUGUUGAUACUUUACAAGUGCAAAAUUAACUAAACUCGAAACACAACCAAAUAAAUUAUUUCAUGCUUCAGAUUGAUUUAAAAAUUGCUGGCUUGCAAAAAUAUUAAACAGGACUAAAAUAUGUUAAAAGAGUAUGUCAAAUGUAAAAUGCUAUAUUUUUAUUCCAUCUAAUAAAUAACGAUAGUAAGACAUUUUUAAUGACUUUUAACAUUCAGGUUAAACUAAUAAUAAAAAGAAAUUUUGCACAAUUGUAUUUUCAAAAGCAUUCAAAUAACUUAAAAAAAUAAAAUAUUAAAGAUGGUAGAGGCCACUCAAUUUAAAAGCAUACAUGUAUUAUUACGAAAUGAAAUAAUUAUAAUUUAACAAAAAUAAAAUGGAAAAAUAUUGUGAUUGGAUUCAAAACCAUUAAUACAUAUAAUAAUUAAGCAUUUAAGAAGAAUAAAACUUGGACAAAGUCUCAAUAUUAGAGAA